CAAACAUUGGUCCGUUUAGUUUAGGGUCAAAGUUCGGGUCGCCUUUUUUCGGAUCCGACACUUCCCCGUUUCUAUAUCAACCCACGCGCUUCAGAAGAGGCAACUCUCUCUCUCUCUCUCAGACUCUGCAGCGUGAAAGUCAGAAAAAAAUGGCGUUUCCGUACAUGGAGGCCGUUGUUGGUUUCAUGAUUUUAAUGUAUAUCUUUGAAACUUAUCUGGAUCUACGGCAACAUUCUGCCCUCAAACUGCCAACUCUCCCAAAAACUUUGGAGGGAGUGAUCAGCCAAGAGAAAUUUGAAAAGUCUCGAGAUUAUAGUCUUGAUAAAAGCCACUUCCAUUUCUUUCAUGAGUUUGUGACUAUACUGAUGGACUCUGCAAUUUUGUUCUAUGGAGUUUUGCCUUGGUUUUGGAAGAAAUCAGAAGAAUUUGUGGUGCUAAUUGGCCUCAAUGCAGAGAAUGAGAUAUUACACACCCUUGCAUUUUUGGCUGGUGUUAUGGUUUGGUCACAGAUCACUGAUUUACCGUUUUCUCUGUACUCAACUUUUGUGAUUGAGGCCCGCCAUGGUUUCAAUAAACAAACAUUAUUGUUAUUCUUUCGGGACUUAUUUAAAGGAAUUUGCCUUGCUGUUAUACUUGGCCCACCUAUCGUUUCUGCAAUAAUUAUAAUCGUACAGAAAGGAGGUCCUUACCUGGCAAUCUAUCUUUGGGGGUUUAUGUUUGUUCUUUCAAUCGUAAUGAUGACGCUCUACCCUAUUCUAAUAGCCCCACUAUUUAAUAAGUUCACCCCUCUCCCAGAAGGUGAACUCAGGGAAAAAAUCGAAAAGCUUGCUUCCUCCCUCAAUUUUCCUUUGAAGAAGUUGUUCGUUGUUGAUGGAUCCACAAGGUCAAGCCAUAGCAAUGCCUAUAUGUAUGGAUUCUUCAAGAACAAGCGAAUUGUCCUUUAUGACACAUUGAUCCAGCAGUGCAAGAAUAAUGAGGAAAUUGUUGCUGUUAUUGCUCAUGAGUUGGGGCAUUGGAAACUUAAUCAUACAAUGUACUCAUUCAUUGCUGUGCAGAUUCUCACACUUCUGCAAUUUGGAGGAUAUACUCUUGUGAGAAACUCCAGCGAUCUGUUUCGAAGUUUUGGGUUUGAUACACAGCCUGUGCUAAUUGGUCUCAUCUUAUUUCAGCAUACUGUAAUACCUCUCCAGCACCUAGUAAGCUUUGCUCUCAAUCUUGUGAGCCGAUCUUUUGAGUUUCAGGCUGAUGCCUUUGCUAAGAAACUUGGUUAUGCCUCUCCACUUCGAUCUGGUCUCGUGAAAUUGCAGGAAGAAAAUUUGUCAUCUAUGAAUACCGAUCCUUGGUACUCAGCUUAUCACUAUUCACAUCCUCCUCUUGUCGAAAGAUUGGCUGCACUCGAUACACCGGAUAAGAAAGCAGACUGACACCAGCAACCUGCGGAUCACAAAUACAGUACGUUUACCUGUAUGAGUUCUUGUAGGCUUGGAUACUUGUACUUCCUUUGGGACAACGGUGGUUUGUGAGUGGAGUUUUACUGGCUGCACCCUACCCUUGAUAUGCCAUGGUUUUAGAGAACAAAUGAAUGAAGUGCUGCAGCAUGCCAUUUCACUUAAUGCAAGUAUUUGUAGGUUGCUUUAAGAAACGUGCUGCCACAGAAUCGAGAGAAUGAAAAAUUUUUAGGGUACAAGAGUA